GUUCCAGGUGAAAGCGAAACUAAAAUGAAGUGGGAGUUGAAGGGGAAACCCAGCCAUACAAGCUCUAAUUUCUUCGUGAGGUAACAUUUACGAGCAGUUUCUAGGGGCGAAGAGAAGAGGCAAACAUGACUAACUUUUCUACAAUCUACAAGUUGUCUCUGGUGGCUGUUUUCUACCUAAUCCAAGCCUGCAGCAGCAGCUGUCCACCCCUGGAGUGCUGGUAUGUGCACGAGAAAACAGGUCGAGGAGGUUUAACUGCCGGUGCAAACCAAGAAAAAUCCCUGAUUUACAUCGAAACAGAUGAACACAAACACCCUGCAGAGUCUGACCAAGUUCCAUCUGACAUCAGUCCUGACAGAGUCUACUUUGUUACUGACCCUGCUGGCACUCUCUGCCAGCCCUCUCACAAGCGCCCCAGAGGCCCGGUAAAGAAGUCGCAGUGUGAGAUCAACCCCUUCCUGCCACAGCCCUCUGACCUCAAAUGGGUCACUUCACUCACAGAGUCCAAUCUUAGCCCCUCACAUCUGCAGGCAGACUGGAUCACAGUCUCCAAUCAGGACUUUAAACGACAGUGGAGCAUUUCCAGUAUCAUGCGUGCUCCUACAGGAACCAAAGAGCACAGUGUCGCCCUGAGUGUGACCAGUAGAACGCUCUCCGUUCAGGCCAGACUCGGGGAACCAGUGCUGCUUGACUGCAGCUUCUGGGUGGACCCCUCCUGGCCGCUCUAUGGGUCUGGUUUUGCAGUAGAGUGGCGCUACCAGUUCAGAGGGGAUGGGCGACUUGUUCUGGCAUAUGACGGCAAGACAGACCGCUUUGCUGAUACACAGGAAGAGGGGGCCAUGCUGGACUUCGAGGGUCUGCUUGAGAAGAGAAAUGCAUCCCUGAUUCUGCAGCAGGCUAAAGUGCGUCACUCUGGGCUGUACAUCUGUACUGUGUAUCUGCCGUACGUUGUGGCUCAGGUGGCGAUAGAACUUGAGAUUGUUGAACCUCCAUCCCUCUCCAUCUACCCCUCACCUCUGCCCCUGGCUGUCCCUGGCCAGGCUUUGAGCAUUCAGUGCGAGGCGUCUGGUUUUGUUCCUCUCUCCCUGGAGCUGAGCUGGGAGUUUAAAGGUGCAGAUGGGAAGUCAAAACCUCUUGGAUCAGGCAGUGUAACCGGGCACAGGCAGGCCUGGGAUGGGACUUAUGGUCAGAGCUCCCGGCUGGAGCUGGACACGGCUAACCUGGACCUGGGCAGAGGAGGGGAGGUCACCUGUGUGGCUGUCCAUCCUGGAGGCACACGACGGGCCAGUGCGAACCUCAAUGUCAUUGGGUUUAGUACUCCCUCCAUUGAGGACUCAAUGGCAAUGGUUGGUGUUGCACUGGUGCUCUAUGGCCUUAUCAAGUUUGUCUCCUGGACUUUCACCGGCUCAGGCACAGAUGAGGCUGAUAAACAAGACAAGAAAGACAAGUAAAGAAGAAUGAGGAAAGUCAACUGUCGGGGAAUCAACCAUACCACUUUUUUUAAUUUAUAUUUUGCAUCUUGGUGCGGGGUUUUAAAGAAGCUGUCCAAUGAUUCAUGCAAAAAGUUGGUUUUAUUUUUAGAGCUUAUGUUCUCAAGGGUUUUUUUUUUGUAUGUUUUUGGGAACUAUGCAUGAGCUUAUGCCCAUACAUGGAUGGUUCUUUUUUAUUUGUUUUUUUAACCGUUUUUUGCAAACAUAAAUAACGUUUAGAAGAACACAUACUGAUGUUCUAAGAUGGAGAAGAGUGUUUUUGUAAAGGGCCUUUACUAAAUUUAGAGUUUUUAAAUAAUUCUUAGAUCAUCAUUUCACAAGAUAUGUAGUUGUUAUAACUUGGUGUUACGGCCGUAGCCGCAUCCCCCCCUUUGUGUAACUAAUUACUUCUGUGGAGUGUCUGUGCGUGUGUGUGUGAAUGGCUUGGGUGCUCUCUAGGCUGAUUCCCGACACCUGUGCUGCUGGUGAAGGUGAUCGGUGAGCAGCUGCGGCAGAACCAAUCAGCCAAUGAGAAGCAACACCAAUAAGCCCAACCCUCAUAAAAGUCUGGACUGCCAGCAGUUGACGCGCAGCUUCACCUUAGUUUUGAGCUCACCACUGUGCCUCUUUGUGUUUGAUUUGUUUAGUGUUUUGAACUUCUGUUAAGAUUCUGUUUGAGGCACUCGUUUCAUGCACUGGGCCAGGUUGUAGUUUAGUUAGGUACACACUCACAUGUAGGUUUUGUUAUUUGUUUAGUCACACUAGGUUUAGGGGUGCUGUUCUUUUGUUAUUAGAUUUGGGUUAGUUAGUGUAGUUAGUUAAGAGUUAUGUUCAGUUUGUACCACCAGUUAGUUAGCUUUAAAACACUAGCUAGACACUGUUUUAUUUGGUUAUUAGUUGAGCAGCACUCGUAGGUCCUGUCAUUUUGCCUCACUUUUGUUAAGCGCAAUUUUACUUUUGUAAUAAAUACCUUAAAUUUACCAACUACAUCUGGUUUUAUGUUACUUCCUUUACCCACAACGAGCUGGUUGUAACACUUGGUCUCUCACAGUUUAUGUUAUAACACUGUACAUUAUUUCAAACACUGGAAAAGGAGAGGAAACCUGUAGUAGGGCUAAAAUAGCUUAUAUUUUCCCCUGUAUGUGUUUAACCGUCAUACCUUAAAGGUCAGAGAUGAGCGUGUGUGUGUGUGUGGGGGGGGGGGUGCAAAAUUAAUUAGAAAUUUUUUGGAAGUUUUUAAAAGAUAAGGUUCAACCCCACAGAAUGAAUCCACUCACUGUAAAUAAAGACAAAACUACAUAUGUAUGAAUAUGUUGACUUUAUUUCUUGGUAUAUGUGCUUGUUUGUAUAUGUGGUACUCUUAAUACAGCAUUUACAGAAUGCUUCAAAUCUGGGGAAAUGCUUUACUAUGCUUUGAAAAUGUGAAGGAAAUAGUUCAAACACAACUUAAUUGUAAAUAAACUUGUAUGCUACUAACAGCUGCCUCACAUCUCUUGAUAAGCACUGUUAAUUCAAAAUUGGCUAAUUUGAUUAAAUAAAUUAAAUCAUUUACUUAAUGUUUCCUGUUAACCAGGCUUGGCAAGAUUUAGAAAUGUAGAAAGAAGUUUUUUCUGUAACUUCGAAUCUGUUAUAUCUGCUACUUUUUUUGUGUCUCCAUGUUUGUUUAUUUUGGUUAGAUAUGGUUAGAUAUUGAGGAUCCCUUUGAUAUAAUUACUGGCUCCAAAAUUCGGUUGAAUAUGGUUAUAAAGAGCUGAAUUAUUU